CGUUCAGUCAUACAAUCGGCUAACGAUGAGGUUACUAUCAGUGUUUAGCGUUUUGGUGGUGACGAUCGUCGCAUUGAGCCAGGCGGCGAUUACACGCCCGGAAGAUAUCAACUGGGCCGAGGUACGUCCGGUACAGGAAAGUCCCCUGUUCAAGGCAAACCGUGCGUCCAGCUUUGUCGAUCGGUUUUUGGCUAACGUUGAACCGGUGCAACCGCUACCAUCACCUGUACGAAGUGGCCGCAUCAACAAUGGCGUCAUCGUAGGUCCAACCGAUAUUCCAUACAUUGUCGGUGUGCUGGUGUCGGUCGUACACGGAACAUACUUCUGCGGUGGUGUACUGGUGUCGGCAACAAACGUCCUUACAUCGGCCACUUGUGUAGAAGGACAAUCUUCGAUUACGGUACUGCUUGGUGCGAGUGACAUUACGCGCGCUCAGGACUUCGUGCUCGUCAGUCACGUUCGGGUGCAUCCUGAUUUCAGCUCCUUUUUCCAAGCGAACGAUCUGGCCAUACUGACCCUUUCCCGGGAACCACGAUUCAGCGAUCAAAUACAAAUAGCACGCCUUCCACGUCGUGCUCAGGUAGGUGAAUCGUUCUCCAACGUUUGGACCACAAUCAGUGGCUGGGGUGAAACGGCCUCUAACACCGGGGAAGCACUUCCGAUGCAACAGCUCCGUUCCGUUCGAUCGCAAGUCAUUUCGAACUUUAGCUGCACGAUCAGUUUUCCGCUUUAUCUGCGCUCCUCCAACGUUUGCACCUCGUCGGAUGGUGGCGCUCCUUGUGUGGGUGAUGAAGGUGGCCCAGUAACAGUUGUUGAGGAAGAUGGACAGUCCACAGUGAUCGCAAUCCAUUCGUAUACGUACUCCCGUGGAUGCACUCGUAGUUGGCCAGCCGUACAUACGCGUGUUACGGAUUACCUUAACUGGAUUGAAAUCUACACUGGAGCCACCAUUCGGGCGUAGAAAUCGUUCAUAAACGGCUAUCGAUAAAUACAAUCAUGUUGCAUGAAAUGAGUACCAAA